AUCUAUAGCUCUUAGAAGCAAAUCAUUGUCACUUCCAUUUUUCACAAGACAAUAAAUCAAAGCAAAAAAUUAUUUCCCUUCACAAGUCAAUUUAUAUAAAAAAAAUGGACUCACAAAACGUUAAUUAUCAUGUUGGUCAGGCCAAGGGCCAAACUGAGGAGAAGGCUAGCAACAUGGCAGACAAAGCUACCUCUGCUGCCCAAUCAACUAAGGAAUCCAUUCAAGAGGCUGGUGCACAAAUGCAAGUUAAGGCACAAGACACUAUGGAUUCAGUUAAGGAAGCCACUGGGAUGAACAAAUGAAGUGUGCACGUGGCUUUUGAAGCCUUUGCCCUGUUUGAUCUCAUGACAAUAGAUGAUAUUAUGACUUAGAAAUAGGAAAUUGAUGUUUGAUUAAUGACUUAGAAAUAGGAAAUUGAUGUUUGAUUAAUUAACAUCCUUUUUAAUAAUUUGUUAAAAUUGAAGCCUCAUCUAAAGUAGUACUUCGUAAUUGUUUUGUCGUUCAAACAUCUUAUAAUUGAUAAAGACAAUAUUAGUCUUUACGGUAAUCGUAUUUUCAAUCCAAA